AUGGAUACACUCUACGCCCAAACUGAUGCAGUUAUUAGUGGCGUCAACUUUGAGAUGUCGCCACCUCUGACGUACGAGUUGAAGCGGAAGUGGAGCAAGGACAAAAGUUUCCUCGAGAGUGCCGACGCGACAGUGAUCCCGUUUAGCUUCGAGCACACGUGUCGCGCAGUAUCGUUGAUGAUAUUGGCUCCGAGCUACAACGACGAGCUUGAAGACCCCGAGAACACGGCGAUCCGAACGUAUCGCUUGAAUUUCUCUCGGGAACUGGGCAACAGUGCGACGUUGGUGGUUUCCAAUGCCGUAAAGAGAUACGUCGAGUCAAAUCGUGCUGUGUUUGUGUGGCGAGCUCUUGCUGAAGGUCAGGGCGAGUUUGACGGUCUUCAGACGGUCGAGACUGCGUGGUUUGUAGUGCGUCCACUGACUGAAACGCGGCCAAAUAACCCGCCAAAGAUGAUAAUGGAGAGUUAUACGCACUUAGUUCCCGUGGGAUUCGGCAGACCAUCGGAUAACGACGCGCGAGCUGACAAGUUCAGCAAGAUCCUGGCUAAAGCCGACGAAGCUGAUGUCAGCGACAUGAAACAAAUGCUCGGUAAACUGUUGCUCGAUGAAGCGCGGUCGAAUACGGAGGCCCCGUAG